AUGCAGCUCAUGGUGCCAUCUCAUUCAACAGCUAGUCUUCAAGAUAUUCUAAAAUUUGACGGAACGGACCCCAAACUACUCGAUCAAGAAUUUCGUAUAAAAGGAAGUCAACUGCUGAAACUAUUUCGCUUCUGCCCAUCUUGUGGGUCUAAAAUAUCUGACUCGACAGGAUGUGUGAGUCUGAGAGCUGCUGGAAUGACCCCUAUUGUGCAUUACAUCUGCACAGCAUGUUCCCCGUUCGAGAAAUGUUUCCAAGGGCAGGAAGAAGCUCAUUCAAGUGAGAUGUCCCUAGGAAGCAAUUUGGAGGCUGUUAUGACUGCAAUAGAAACCGAACUCUCAUCUGCGUGUUCUGAAGAUUUGUUUCCAGAAUUCGCAACGAGAAAGACGACGAUGAAGCAAUGGGAGCCCGAAAGGAACCCAACUGUACGUGAAAUUAGUGGAUUACAGUCAAUAGUGCAGUGA